AUGGAGGAUGCACAUCUUGAGUUUAAGAAAGUAGAGGAUGAAAGCGCAAAGCCAGAAGAAGCAGGGGUGACUUAUGACAUUACUCUAGAGGUCGAGAAUGAUAAUUUGGAACAACUUUAUCAAGCCAAAGUUUGGGUGAAGGAAACAACUGGCUACAAGGAUCUUCUUGAAUUUAACCUUGUGGAAGACCACCAUAAUAUUGAUGACAUCAUCAUUUAUCUUGCAAAGUUUGCUGUGCAAGAGCACAAUCAACAGCAGGAUGCUCAUCUUGAGUUUGAAAGUGUAAUGAAAUCAAAGAUAGAGCCUAUGGUUGGGGGUGUGGUUUGUUAA